UCCCUGACGUUGACCACAACACCUCUGCCUCGGCUCCUCCUUUGCGUGAACACCUCUUGUCUGCCUCUACCCCCCAACGGUGUCUCAUACAGCACCGCUCAGCUGACCCUUGUUGCCAUGGUUACCACCUCCCUCAGCACGCUCACAAUCCUCGGCAACACGCUGGUGAUCCUGUCCAUCAUAGUGAACCGUCACCUGCGGACGGUCAACAACUACUUUCUGCUGAGCCUGGCGGUAGCCGACCUGAUCAUUGGCCUGUUCUCCAUGAACCUGUACACAUUGUACAAGCUGCAGGGGCGCUGGCUGCUGGGCCCAGUGCUCUGCGACGUGUGGCUCAUCCUGGACUACGUGGUGAGCGGCGCCUCGGUCAUGAACCUGCUGGCCAUCAGCUUGGAUCGGUACUUCUGUGUGACGCGGCCGCUCAGCUACCCUCUGUGGCGAACUGGCAGGAUGGCGUGCCUGAUGAUCGCUGCCGCCUGGCUGCUUUCUUUCAUCAUCUGGACCCCUGCCAUCCUGUGCUGGCAGACAGUUGAGGGCAGACGUGUUGUCCCUGAUGAUCACUGUUACAUCCAUCUGCUCGCCAGCCCUGCUGUCACCAUGGGGACGACACUUCCCUCGUUUUACCUGCCGGUAAUUGCCAUGAUAGGCCUGUACAGCCGCCUCUCGGCUGCCAGCUUCGGCCGUCUGAACAUUCUUAUGUCAGACCAGGGCUCUCCGAGGGCAUCCAGUCCCUCAAUAAAAGACUUUCUGCUGAGGCGGCGAAGCCGGGUGACCAGUGACCUCUGCUCAGACCUGUGCCUGAACCAGGUCGAGUCCUGCACGCCAAAGACCAGAAGAAAAAAGAAAACAUGCAGAUGUCCAGCUGAUACCAGGGAGGCAGAAAGUUGCUGGUCUCCUCAGAAGCAUCCCUCUCAGGCCACUGCGCAAACUGCUGAAGACAACAAAACCAACCUUCAUAGGGCGGCCUCAGCAGCGUUCUCUUCCCGCCCCACCUUUGAGUCACAUGAGAGGAGGCGGCAGCGAGUGAUGGCGAGGGAGAAGAGGGUCACCAAGACCAUCCUAGCCAUCUUGCUGGCCUUCAUCCUUACCUGGACACCGUACAACGUCAUGGCAGUCGUUGCUGCUUUCUGCCACAGCUGUAUCCCUGACUUCCUGUGGACCACAGGAUAUUGGCUGUGCUACAUAAACAGCGCGGUCAACCCCGGCUGCUACGCUCUGUGUAACGUUACCUUCAGAAAAACUUUCUGCAGCCUCCUGCGCUGCUGCCACAGGAGGCUGUAACAGCACUCGUGUUUUUGGCACGUAAUCAAGAACACUUUUUUUCUUCUUUUCAAAGAGUUUGGACCUUUGCUUAACUUACAUGUUGCUGGUUUUCAUUCAAAUGUAGAACGAAUUUUUAAAAGACUAGCAAACGUGAACAAAAGGUCGUUUCCAUUCACUGCUGCUCUAAGGAGUUCACUGGUUGGUCAGAUAAAGAGCCUCCUGUCCUUAAACCACAGCAGAGGAAGAAAUGGCAUCUCCAUUCCCAGCUCAAAUGACAUGACCUGUUAUAAACUUCCUUUUUGGACCUUUUGAUUUUUAAGUAGUAAUUCACCCACCUACUUUCUGCUGCUUCUCCAUGUUGUGUUUAAUGAGUCAUGGCUGAUAUAAAAAGAGAAAUGCUUUCUAGGCUGUAGUUAAUGCUUCUCUUUAUUAACGAGACAAUAAAAAUAAGAAAAGAAUAUGGUGUAAUUACUGCUAGGAAAAACAAGUGUAAGGCUGUAAACAUGUUUGCUGUAAAGUUGGACAUUUUAACAUGGGAGUAUAUGACUCACUAUUGAAACCUCCGGUGGACAUUAGGAAAACUGCAGGUUUUGCACUUCCUAAUUUGGCUGCUUGGUGGAAACCAAAAGUUAAAGCAGGUGAACAAGCAUGUUGUUUGUAGCUUAAAGUGUAGAGGACCGAGAAUCAAACCCUGAGGAACACCUUGAGCACUUCCCAACACUUUAAAUGCAGAAAUGACGACCUGUGAGCUUUAAGAUUUGGGUCACUGAGCACCUGUAGUGGAUGAAGUCUGUGACUGGUGCCUCUAAACCAAACCCCCUUUCUACCCUCCACAUCACACCCCCACUUUUUCUUCAAACU